CUUUGUACUCUGUCUUUACUGAUUGCCGCCAAGAACCGCGGAAAAGUGUAGGUCCGCAUCCGCAGAUUUGACAAGCUGCGCGCCGGAUCAUCUAAAAUAUCUCAAUCCCUCAAUGCACGACUAAUUCACCACCAAGAGUCUCAUCAUUUGCCCAAUCCACAAUGCGCAAUAGAGCCACAACACGGCUCAAGUACUCGCCCAAAAGAAGUCCCCAAAUACGGCAGAGUUGGAGCAAAUACAAUCUCUACAACCUUUCACGAUCACAGCCCGUAUCGGCAUACCCCAACUUCUUCAAGACGAAAUGGACUGCCAAAGCCUUGACACGCAGCUAUCAUGGCGAACAAGUACGAGAGAAGCAGUGGGUGCGAAUGUUUGACAGACGCAUCCGAAGUGUGAUUCCAAUGAAUGCCGACUACCUCGCGAUAAACGACGGCUCUCUUGAAUCGGCUGGCCGAGGAUCAGGAGUAGAAGAAAAGCAAAUCACCAGGCGCACACGGGGAAAAGAGCCUAGACAUGAUCCCGAGCGAAAGCGAAUACCCUAUAUGCAGAUGACUUAUGCUCCGUUGGAACGAAGAUUGGACACUGCCAUCUUCCGGGCAUUGUUUGCAAGCAGUGCCCGUCAGGCCAGACAAUUCGUCGUUCACGGAGCAGUCAAAGUCAACGGAAAAGAAAUGCGAUAUCCCGGCUACCUAUUGAACCCUGGAGACAUGUUCCAAGUCGUACCAGAACGUGUCAUGUACGCCACAGGCGCACCGAAAGUCGUCGAGAAAGCCAAAGCUGUUGCAGAGGAGGAUGCAGAGAAUACCGAUGCGGAGGCCGCGGAGACCACGUCAGAAGAGGUGGAACAAGAAUCUAAAACAGAAGUAGAAGAGGAUAUUGACGUCGACCAAGAUCCCCGAGAGGUGCUCAAGGCGCUUCAAACACAAGCCAAGUCUAUUCUGGGACAGAACAAAAAGGACCUGGGAGCGAAAGGAAAACAGAACCUAAGAGCAUUCUCCAAGGCGGUCCGACGCCUGCUCUCGAAAUCCAAGUCGUCUACGAUGCCCAAGAACGACGCAGAAGCACAGUUCGCAGAGAUCCAGCAGCAGCUGAACAUCAGGCGGGAGAACCAGGUAGCGGGUGCAACAUCUCUGCCCUCCGCGAAGGACGCAGCUACUUCUUCUGAGAGCGCAGAGACGGCUGAUGCGGCUACCGAGCCAGAAUCACAGCCGCAGACUACCAUACAAGAGACCAGCCUGUCAGACAACGACUACAAUGAGCUCUUAUCUGCCUUGCGCACAAUGAAUGAGAAUCCCGUGGACGAGUCAAAACCCUACGCUACCCCCUGGGUGCCUCGAGACUUUAUGAGCGCAUUCGCCUUCAUCCCUCGGUAUCUGGAAGUCAGCCACAAAAUCUGCGCAGCCGUCUAUCUGAGACAUCCUGUCGCAAGACCAGGUCUGGCUGAGGUGCCGACACCUUACAACGAAUAUACCACCAGCAGUGCGUUUACAUGGUAUUUGAGGAGGUGGUAAUGGAGGUCCUCGACUGUACUACUUGUAUUAUGUUACGUCCUUUGCGCAUAGCGAUUGGCGCUGGACUUAGUCACGAAUCCCCCCAAAAGAAGAUGUAGAUAAC